GCUCUUUACUUCGGAACUAAGCAAAUAUAAUACAAAUCUAAUAAAGCAUUAAGGCAAUCGCCAUUCUCUCCGGCACCGACACGCCCGCCGGUUGACGAUCCUCUCUGUCUCACCGACGGGUAAUGUCACUGGCUGCUUUGGAUUCCCGAUCUCCAUUUAGCUGUCCCCCAGUACAAAUGGAAUCUCAGCGACAACAGCUAUUUCCCUUUUGGAACCCUAGCCCUAACCAGCCAUUUCCUUCCGAAUUCGGCGGAUUUUCGGGGAACAAUCUUGACAAGGCCCGUCUUGCUUCGACGCAGAUGGACAGAGGUUCGGAGAUUGCCACCAACGGUUCCAGUUCUCGUGGCCGUUCCAAGCCGAGGCUUGUGAAGGUGAGGAGACAGCAGUGCAAGUCUACACCAGUGCCACCGUCUAACGCCCCGGGAUUGAAUCCUUUUCAGUCUGUUGCUUCAGAGAAUUUCAAUCAAGUUGGUAGUGGUGCUAGUAGGGCGUCAAAUGGGUGCAAUGCUUCAAUCGCGGAUGACAAGGUUGGGAAAAGCGAUAAUGUCGGUUUUGUGUUUGGUAAAGAUUCCGAGAAGAAUCCGUUGACCGGAAAUUUUGGACGAUCUUGUGCCGACGGGGUGCUGAAAGUUAGUGAGCCGAAUUUGGAUUCAAAUUCAUUUCCAAAACAUGAGGAAUCUAGUGGGCGGUGUGGUGGCAGUGAGUGCAGGAAAUUUGAAAACAAGGGAUUCCAGUUUGGUGCUAAUACCAGCGGCUGUAGUUCCUUUCUCAAUUCGAAAUUGGAAAAUGAGAAGCGUUGUGAAAGCUAUGGAAGGUCUGGGGCUGUUAAUUCGGAAGAGCUCGACAAGAUUGGUUUUGUGUUUGGUCGUAACUCGAGUUGUUCAAGGGCGACUUUGGUACCUGAAAAGAAACAAUCCAGUGGAAGCGUGCAUCAAUCAGGUUCUGACGAGCUUGGGAAAUUCAAUGAUACUGGUUUUGUGUUUGCUGCUAAUAAUAAUUAUUCAGCUUUAGAUAGAAAUCCAGAACAGAGAGCACCAGACGAGAGUGCAAGACAACUGCACUCCGACGAGUGUAUGAAAUUAAAAAAUGAGGUUUUAUCCAAUCUGAGUGCUGCGAAAUUGGAGUUUGAGGAUGGAAGAAAAAUGACAGAAGAUGCCGAAUCAGAGCUUCAUAAAGUAAAAGUUACUGAUGUUUUUAAGUUUGGAAGUAGCAGAGAGAAAAAAAUCACUUUCAAUGAGAUCACUAAACUCAGCGGGGAGAUGAACGAAGUGAACGGUGGAGAUUCUGAAAAUUAUGCUGACUUUGCAAACCCUGCUACUACUGAUAACUUGGAUUCUGUUGUAAAUAAGAAACUCACUUUUGUGUUUGCUGCCAGUGUUAGCACCACCAGUGCUUCUGGGACAAGCACAGCAUGCAAACUUUCAGAUGAUAUGAGGAAAUUGACCCUUAAUAAUUGUGAAAAGAUUCAUUGUUCUGAUAGCUCUAAGGAUGCUAAUAUUAACACUCCUGGCAGUUCCAAUCAUGUGUUUGUAUUUGGACAGAAUCAGAAGUCCCAGGGUUCUAGUAUUGGAAAUCAGGGAAAUACUUCUUAUGAUCAAGUCAAGGAUGCAAAUUUGCAAGGUCCUGGGAAUGACAACGCAGAUGAAGAGGUUGAUGGAAUAAAUGUUCAAGCCAUUGAUGAUAAUCUAUUUGUAUUCGGAAGCAGUAAAGAUUCUACUCCAAAACCAUUUACUUUUCAGGCAGGGGUAAAUAAAAGUUCAAGCGGACCUCAGGAUCUACUUAACAAUGAUCCUUUAAUGGGAAAAGUCAUGAAUCAGUCUUUAUUUUCAUCAAGCCGGCCUGGUUUUGAAGCAGCGCCCGUGGGCAGAUCUGAAAAUAUUGAUAAAUUUAACUUCACAGCCACAACAUUUGGAGUAGAGGCAUCCGCUACAGACUUUAGAACACCAGCUGGGGAUACGUCUUGUUCAUUUUCAGUGAAUCUAUAUCCUGAGUUAAACAAAAAGUUGGAGUUUGGUGAAAAAUCUAGAUCCAAGAGAUGGAAGAAGGUAAGAGGAAAGUUGAGGCGGGCUAUUCCAGUUCAGCAGCAGUUGAGGCAAAAUUGUGUGUCAAAACAAGGAUUCCAGCAAAACCUUGAGUCUCCUGGCUGCAGUUCACCGAUGGAUUUUUCUCCAUAUCAGCAAGACAACCACGCACCUUCCACCAAAGAGCCCAGAAGUUCAGCAGAUGUAAAAGAUGAUUAUUUGGCAGCUAAUAUCAGUGAAAGUGAGAAAAAGAAUGAGCAGAAAGAUGUUCUUGAGAAUGAUUGUGAAAGAUGUUCUUCUGAUUCUCCUUUAGAAGAAGUUGAAACGAAGUGCACUAGUUCCAAAGAUGAACAGUUCAGCAGUAGCAGUGGUGGUGUUGGUGUCAGUUCAAGCAUGAACAGGGAAGAAACUUUGUCUAAAAAGCAAUUUAGUGUUGCCUCAACUACGGAGGAUGUUGGUCAGAGAAAUUUUACCUUCUCUGCAUCUUCUGAACAAGAAAAACUUUCAGCAACAAAUCGUCAAAACCGAAAAAAGUAUAGGAUGAGAGUUGGUUGCCGUCCGAAUUGUACAAGUAGGAAAAAUGAUACUGCAUCUUCCUCCAUCCAUUUUUCACCUCUUGGAAGCAAUUUUUUGCAUGUUAAUCAGGUAAAGGAUAAUGAAAGGAAUAUGUUUAAUUCUGAAACGAAGGGGAAGAAUAAAUUUAAAGGGGAUGAAGAAAAUGAAAAGCAGGGGUCCUUUGCUGUUACUGAGGAAGCCUGUGAGAAGUGGCGAAUUAGGGGAAAUCAAGCUUAUGAGAAAGGAAAUAUGUCAAAAGCUGAGGAAUUUUAUACAAAGGGUAUAGAUUCAGUCCCUCAUAGCAAGGCAUCAGAAUGGUGCAUUGAGCCUCUUGUGCUCUGUUAUAGCAACCGUGCUGCAGCAAGGAUGUCUUGUGGAAGGAUGAGAGAAGCCUUAGGUGACUGUAUGAUGGCUGCUGCACUAAAUCCCAACUUUCACAAAGUCCAAAUUAGAGCUGCAAAUUGCCAUCUUGCAUUGGGGGAAGUUGAAGAUGCACUCCGAUAUUUUAGCAAAUGCUUACAGUCAGAGAAUGAUGUCUGUUUGGAUCGUAGAGUUAUAAUAGAAGCAGCCAAUGGUCAACAAAAGGCUCAGAAUGUGGCCAACCGCAUGAAUAAAUGUGCUGAGCUUUUGCGACAGAGAACAUCCAGUGCAGCAGUUAGUGCUUUAGAAAUAAUCUCUUCGGUCUUGCCUAUGAGUCCUUACUCAGAAAAUUUUCUUGAAAUGAAGGGAGAGGCUCUUCUCAUGCUUCAAAGGUAUGAAGAGGUAAUUCAACUCUGUGAGCAGACUCUCGUUAUUGCUGAAAAGAAUUUUUCUAUGGUAGUUGGUGAUAACAACAAAGUUGAUUGUGGACCCAAAUACAAUAACUCAUCUAUAAGGCUGUGGAGGUGGCGUCUGAUAUCUAAGUCCUACUUCCAUUUGGGAAAGCUUGAGGUGGCUCUUGAUUUUCUGGAGAAGCAAGAGCUAUUGAGAUCUUCUGAAGCAAAGUAUGGAAGCAGUACUGAGGAAUCGUCAAUUCCAUUUGCUGUAACAAUUCGUGAACUUUUACACCACAAGAAUAAAGGGAAUGAAGCCUUUCAGUGUGGAAGGCAUGAAGAGGCGGUGAAACAUUAUACUGCUGCUGUACCAAUCAGUGUUGAAUCUCGGCCUUUUGCAGCUAUUUGCUUUUGUAACCGUGCUGCUGCAUAUCAAGCUCUGGGCCAGAUUACUGAUGCCAUCGCAGAUUGCAGCCUAGCCAUAGCUCUUGACAGAAGUUACACAAAGGCAGUUUCUAGAAGAGCCACUUUAUAUGAGACAAUAAGAGACUAUGAACAAGCAGCUAGUGACCUUCGGAGACUGAUCUCUCUCCUUGAAAAGCAAUCACAAGAAAACAUUGGACAGUCUGGCACACCAGAUGGACAAAAUGGCAGCAAAGACAAGCAAUUAAAACAAGCUCGUUCCCGUCUUUCCUUAGUGGAAGGAAAGAAUAAGAAAGGAAUUUCUUUGGAUCAUUAUCUCAUCUUGGGGAUCAAACCAUCAGAUACAACAGCUGAAAUAAAAAAGGCAUACCGGAAAUCAGCACUGAAACAUCAUCCAGACAAGGUUGGUCAAUUCUUGGCAAGAAGUGACAGUGGAUAUGAUGGACAACUCUGGAGGGAAAUAGGUGAUGAAGUCCACAAGGAUGCUGACAGACUUUUUAAGAUGAUUGGAGAGGCAUAUGCUGUACUCUCAGAUGAGACCAAGAGGUCACAGUAUGAUCUUGAGGAGGAACUGAGGAAUACCCAGAAGGAAAGCAGAGCUUCUAGGGGAUUUUCCGAUUUUCAUAGCUCUCCAUCUGAGAACGGUGCAAACAGGCGAUAUUCACAGAAGUUUUGGAAGACACACGGGAGCUCACAGUAUCAUUGGUGAGCAGCUGUAGAUAGGAAGACGAAUGGGUACUCUUUUUAUCAAUGGUGAGAACUGAGAAGCAGUGAAAAGGAUAUACGUACUAUUUCUUGAGCCAUGCAUGCUCUUAGAACCUAGAAAAAUCACACAAGUGAUCCCACGGACUCGCCCUCGGCCUCGGGAAAAGAUGGGGGUUGACUGGCCUGCAAACAUUGAUGGCAGGAGAGUUCUGAUGGAAGUGGUGAUGGUGGCCUUGUUCUUGUUUUGUUUUUGAGGAUAACUUGAUGAAGAAAUACUAGGAGGGAAUAGCUAACAGUGAUUUCUUCUGUGUUUUUUUGGUUUUUUUUUUUUUCUUGUGCCAACUUCAAUGGGGAAUGGAAAAGCUGGCGCUUGUUAAA